AUGGACGCGAUUCGAGUGACAGAAUUCGUCUCCUCUGUAUCUUCCCUGCGACCCCAAGCUACCCCUUUUCCUCCCCAACCCCGGCCCGGAGAAGUCCUUGUCGCAAUUCACUGCGCAGCACUGAAUCAUGUUGACCUCCUCUAUGCUCAAGGAAAACAUCAAAACAACACGUCGUUGAUCCGCCCGCCGUUCACCCUGGGGCUCGAAUUUUCUGGGACAGUUUUCGCUGUCGGUAGCACAGCCACUGCUGAUGGGCCGCAGUUUAAACCAGGACACAAGGUCUUUGGUGCAGGGUUGGGUGCAUAUGCUGAAUGGAUUGUUGUUCCAGCACGAAGUCUCCACCAUAUCCCGCACAACUGGACUUUUGAGGACGCUGCCGGGCUUGCAGCAACAGCAAAUGUCGCGUAUGGUGCUGUUGCAAUCCGAGGCGGAGUCAAAGAGGGUGAUUGGGUUAUGGUCCAUGGAGCCGCCGGGGGAAUAGGUGUAUAUGCCUGCCAAAUCGCCAAGGCUUUAGGGGCCAAAGUCAUCGCAGGUGUUAGGGACACUCGAAAUUCUGAAAAGGUCGGCAUUCUGAGGACAGUAGGUUGCGUCGACGGCAUUGUCGCGACUGGCUCUGGGCCGGGCUGGGAGAAGGAAGCGAAGGAUAUAACAUGUGGUCAUGGAAUAGACGUCGUAAUUGACAACGUCGGUCUUGUUAAAGAGAGCAUCCGCUGCUUGAGACCGGUGGGCGGAAAGAUCGUUCUGGUUGGUUUUGCUGGUCGAGGAGGUGUCAUGGAACAACUCACGGCCAACAGAAUAUUGCUGAAACAAGCUGUCAUAAUCGGUUAUCGAUACGGAGACACAGAUCGAAAGAAUCCCAAAGAAUCAGAGCAAGUGUGGAGAGGCUUGAUGGGAAUGGUUGGUUCGGGUGCGCUCAAGCCGGUUGUCUAUCCAAAGAUGUACCAUGGUCUCGAUAAAGUCAAGGUUGCCAUGGAAGAUCUACAGGCAAGAAAGAUAUAUGGCAAAGCAAUCAUCUAUGUCAAAAAGCAGGAUAAGCCCUCUUUAUAG